GUCGCGGUCGCACGAGUGACAGUUAGCGAAAAGUGAUCAGCUCGCGGUAGACGACCCGGAGUUCCGCGUGUUUGCCGAUCGAUCGGUUGAUUGGCCUAUUUCAAAAAAAAAAGUGCAAAUUCUUUAUUGGUCCCCUUCCGGUGAUAUCCGUUGUUUGAGGUGGGAUAGAUUCGAGUUCAAGCCGGAAGCAAAGUUGGUUUGUGAAAAUGUUGCAAGUUUACCUGAAGAAUAGCUGGGUGCUGACGAAAACGUUCAAAUUGUUGACGUUUUUUUCGCCCAUCACUCUUAUUCUGACGACUACGAUCCUUGGUGCGAUCUAUGUGUACAAUAAGCGGAGAGCUCGGGUGGUGAAGUUGAUAGAAAAAAUUCCCGGACCUGCUAGUAUGCCGUUUUUGGGAAAUAGUUUGCACAUCAACGUGGAUCAUGACGAAAUAUUCAACCGCAUUAUAUCAAUCCGUAAACUGUAUGGGCGCCACCAGGGCUUCAGUCGUGCAUGGAAUGGACCAAUGCCUUAUGUAAUGAUCUCGAAAGCUAGUGCCGUUGAGCCAAUCCUCGGCAGCCCAAAACACAUCGAGAAGAGUCACGACUAUGAAUUCCUGAAACCAUGGCUCGGCACGGGUCUGCUCACAAGCCAAGGUCAAAAGUGGCAUCCACGGCGAAAGAUUCUCACCCCAGCUUUUCACUUCAAGAUAUUGGACGACUUCGUGGACAUUUUUCAGGAACAGAGCGCGGUGCUAGUGAAGCGACUAGAGCGAGAACUUGGCAAUGAAACAGGAUUUAACUGUUUCCCGUACGUGACCCUGUGUGCGUUGGAUAUCGUGUGUGAAACUGCUAUGGGACGGCUGGUGAACGCUCAAAUGAACUCCGAUUCGGACUACGUUAAGGCUGUCUAUCAAAUAGGUAGCAUCGUCCAGAAUCGUCAGCAAAGGAUAUGGCUCCAGCCGGACUUUAUUUUCAAACGAACUGAAGGCUACCGUAAUCACCAACGAUGUCUCGCCAUCCUGCACGAGUUUUCCAACCGAGUGAUCCGCGAACGCAAAGAAGAAAUAACCAAGCAAAAACAGUCAAACAACAACCCAAGCGAGAGUUCAGCGGAAGCCAACUCCACCCUAGAUGGAAACAACAACCCCGAAGAAUUUGGCCGUAAAAAGCGUCUCGCUUUCCUGGACCUGUUGAUCGAAGCAUCCCAAGAUGGCGCCGUGCUAUCCAACGAGGACAUCCGCGAAGAGGUUGACACCUUCAUGUUCGAAGGCCAUGACACCACCUCAGCUGCCAUCUCGUGGAUACUGCUUCUUCUGGGAGCUGAGCCAGCCAUCCAGGAUCGUAUCGUAGAGGAAAUCGAUCGGAUUAUGGACGGCGAUCGGGAACGAUUUCCAACGAUGAAAGAACUGAACGAAAUGAAGUACCUCGAGUGCUGCAUCAAGGAAGGUCUCCGAUUGUACCCGAGCGUUCCGUUGAUUGCCAGGAAGCUGACCGAAGACGUCCAGAUUGAAGAGUACACUAUCCCUGCCGGUACGACAGCGAUGAUUGUGGUCUAUCAGCUGCACAGGAAUCCGGAGGUGUUCCCCAACCCGGACAAGUUUAAUCCGGAUAAUUUUCUGCCGGAGAACUGUCGCGGGCGGCACCCGUACGCGUACAUCCCGUUCAGUGCGGGACCGCGAAACUGCAUCGGGCAGAAGUUUGCCGUGCUGGAGGAGAAAUCGAUUAUUUCGGCCGUGCUGCGAAAGUACCGCAUAGAGGCGGUAGAUCGAAGGGAGAAUCUUACCCUGCUUGGGGAACUGAUUCUGAGACCGAAGGAUGGCUUGCGGAUAAAGAUUAGUCGACGGGAAUGAAAAAUUUGUGUCGGUUUUAAUUUUAAUCACUGUUUAGGUUUAUUUUAUGAAAUAUAUGGUGUAUAAAUUGUGUAUGAUUUUCAAUGUCAUCGUUUCUUAUACGGAUGCAGCACUAGUACAGGAAUUAGAACCAUCCGUUAUUAUGUAAUCCAUAGAG